GCCUACAGUCAAACAUUUGGGAAGGGUCACUAUGCGCAGUUUCAACAGAGUAUUAUUCGGCCCUUUUUGGAGGCACAACGAGCCUGCUCUUCCUAAAUAUAUGUAUAUUCCAUGCCGUUUUCGUUACAAAAAGAAAUGGCUCGUAGAGACUUGUGUGUGAAAGAUUGUCAAGCAACCACCAAAUGGAUGUGCCGUGUGUAGCUUUGUGCUUACUGUGUACUUCAGGGGGGCGGUUCGCUGGCAGUACAACAGGGCAAUGCACUUGAAACAAAACACUGGCUGUCAGCAAGCUCUGGAUCAUUUUGAUGCCUUUUAUAAGCCCUUUUAUGGGGACAAAUGGCCCCUGAUUAGGGUGUCACUGCUCUCUCUUUCUAAACAUUGUGCUGUUAUAAAUAAAUUUGCUGAUCCUGAAAAGGCAAGAUUGAGGCUGUCGAAUCUUGGUGCAGAUGACCUCGUUAAAAGUGCAAGAAGACUUCAAGGACAACUGGAGCAAGAGGCUCUAACUGAGCAGACUUUGUCACAUAAUAGUGUUGAAACAUCUUCAGAACGAAUUCCUGAAUUGGACUUGGUUGCUAAUGAAAAUAGCUUCAACAGGUCCUAUUCUAGUCUUUACAACAGUUCUCCAAGAGAAAGUUUAUUGGAAAAGUCUCAACAAAAAGUAUUCUGUGAGGAUGAUCGAGUUGAUCAUGGGCUUCAGACUGGACAAGAAAUUGAUCCAAUUUACGAUGAAUUGUACAAAGACAACAUUGAUGUAUUUGUGCCGACAGUUCAAGUUUUGUCAGAACGGGACCAACUUCUCAAAGAUGAACUGAAUUUGAACAUGUUUGAACCCAGAAACAUUGAUGUACAAGUCCAGCGACCGGAAUCCAUAAACAUUGCAAGAGAUAUUGAAGCAUUUGCCUUCCCGGCUGGUGAUGUUUCACAGUUCCCACCAGCUAAAUCACAUAAUCAUAGAUUUGGCUACUACCUGAUGGAUGCUGCCUCGGUGAUGCCUGUGAUAGCCUUGAAUGUUCAGUCUGAAGAUCAAGUCCUUGACCUUUGUGCUGCUCCGGGUGGAAAGACGGUUCUCAUUUUACAGUGUCUCGAUUUGUCUGCUGGUGGGUCUCUAACGUGCAAUGACAAUUCUCCAAGUCGAGUGAAACGGCUCAAAUCCGUCUUGAGGUCCUACUUGCCAAAAGAUGAUUUAGGUCAAGUGGAAGUGAUGCAGCUAGAUGGAACUAUGCUGAACCAUUGUGUCUAUAACAAGGUUUUAGUGGAUGUACCUUGCAAUGCAGACAGACAUGUACUGACAGAAGAAGAAAACAACCUGUUCAAACCGUCACGGACCCGAGAGCGGUUGGCUGUCAUGGAACACCAAAAGAAAUUACUGAUAUCAGCUAUCAGGUGCUGUAUUGUAGGUGGAGAAAUUGUUUACUCAACAUGCACGCUGGCCCCAGCACAGAAUGAUGGAGUCAUUCAAGCUGCUAUGGAGGAAUUGUUGGAGACUUCACAGAUUGAAGUUGCUGUUGAGGACUUAUCUCCUUUGGCUUCAAUGUUCAAGGACACUUUCACCUUUUUUGAGAAGUCAAGGUAUGGACAGACAAUCAUCCCAACUUUGCUGAACAACUUCGGUCCCUCUUUCUUUGCCAAGCUCCGGAGAAUUAAAUAAAGUAUCACUGCUUGAAGAAUUGUAAAUUGUUUCAGUGACCCAGAGUGAUAGUGAGCAUGGACUCUCAAAUAGUGUCAAAUAAUGUUGAUAACACAGCAUAGGUUUGUUAUCUUAGAGGUGUGUCUUUGAGCAUAAGGAAAGAACAGAUAAUAUAAGAUAAACUGUAUUGAUCCACGAGGGAAAUUGUAGGUGGAUAUAUCGGAAUCUCAACGUACAAAGAUUCAACAUCAACACAGAAAUGCACUCAUCAAAACAUUCAUGUUUCAAGGAUACACUUACAGAGAUGCACAACUCACUCACACAAAUGUACCCAAAGUGUGUUCGUGGUCAUGAAUUCUCUCAUGGCACAACAGCCCUUACAAAAAUACCCCCCCCAGGGCCUUAUGUAGUAGCAACCAGGAGUGAAUUAUUUGUUUAUUGUCUGUAUUUUUGUUAUCAUUGCAUUUAUGCGAUGUUGGUGUAACAUUUGAAUUGUUUUAGUUUUGUACUUGCUCUUGUAACCCAAAUUUCCCCAGGGGGUCAAUAAAAGUGAUACAAUUGUUGUUUAUUA